AUGUUGCCCAGGUCAAGGCAGGUGAAUUUUCUUGGGGAAUCCACAACCGGAGCCCUUGGCUCGCCAAAUCCUGACCCACAAGGCAGCGGGGCGGUGUGUGAAAACUGCAAUCCGUUGGGAGCCGGUGUCCAGUUCAUCGGAUCAUAUGCCCUUCGGAGGUCCAAGCUGUUCAAUACACCUCGAUGCCCCAUCGAGUCGGUGACCACUGCCACAACCAGGAAGUUCGACUUAAAAUGUGGCAAUCUGCUGGUGAAAGACGAUGGCAUCAUACAGAUAGCCGAUUUCGGAGUGGCCGGAUUCUUAGCCACGCAGCCUCUGACCGCCACUGGUAGUGUUGAUUUGCGGCGAUUCACAUUUGUCGGCACGCCAUGCUGGAUGGCUCCGGAGGUGAUGCAACAGGCCCGUGGUUAUAAUCAGAAGGCCGACAUAUGGUCUUUGGGUAUCACCACAAUCGAAAUGGCCACAGGUCAAGCACCGUAUGCGAAAUAUGCUCCCAUGAAAGUCUUGAUGUUGACGUUGCAAAAUGAUCCUCCCAAUAUCGAUACAGUCGCCACGGUGAGCAAUCAGUACAUCAAUUAUGGCCAAAAAUUCCGGAAAUUCACUCGUGCCUGUCUUUUGAAGGAUCCGGGGCAACGAUUAUCUGCUCGUGAAUUACUGGGUCAUACCUAUAUCAAAGCAAAAGCAAAAGAUCGUGAACUGCUCUGUCGAGUGCUUCUUGGUGGCGAAAUUCCUCCGCCGGCGACGCGUAUGAGCAAACACGCAGACGAUCGUGCCGAACGACGUGAUCCAAAGCCCGCCGGCCCAUCUUACCGAAUAACACUCCGGAAACGAAACCUCAAACAGAACAACGAAUUACAAGACAUCAGCUUUAAUUACGUUCCAGGCAAAGACUCUGCCGAUGUGUUGGCUCGGGAAUUGGUUGAAGCGGAUCUUCUGGAUGGCUGUGACCUACUUUUGGUGGCACAUAAUAUGAGCGAGCUUAUCAGCAAUCCGGCUGCUCGAGAACGCGUCUUUCCAUUAAAUUCACCACCGGCUCCUGGUCAGGUCCCCGUUGAAUCUGAGUUGCACGGAUAUGCCAAAGUUCUCAUUCGACUUGUUGGGUCACCUGUUCCGUGA